GGUUGACAACAGCUAAGCAGCCGCGGCAGCUGCUCCUCUCGCUGGCACCCUUACCCACGCCCGACCCCAGGCUCCGCGCGUGCCCCGGACGGGAGCAGUCCUUCCUGCACUCACCUCCUGCCCACUGGCCGCCGUGUCAGGGUCUCGAACCCCAAGUGGUGGACGCGGGCUCCAGAAGUUGAAGCCAAGAGAGCAUGCAAGUGGCUCCGAGCAACAGGAUUCCCUCAGUAUGCUCAGCUUUUUGAAGAAGGUCUGUUUCCCUUGGAUAUUGGCUCUGUGAAGAAGGACCACGGUUUUCUGGACGAGGACUCUUUGGGGGCCCUGUGCAGGAGGCUGAUGACCUUGAACAACUGUGCCUCGAUGAAACUGGAAGUUCACUUUCAAAGCAAGCAAAAUGAAGACUCAGAAGAAGAAGAGCAAUGUAGCAUCAGCAACCACUGGGCUUUCCAGCGAGAAAGUAAAUGCUGGUCUCGUGGGGGCUGCUCUGACCUGCUGGCUCCCCCGAGCCCUGGCCUGCCGGGGACCUCCAGCUGUGAGAGCGUCCUCACAGAGCUCAGUGCCACUUCCCUACCAGCCAUCACCGUGAGCCUAUCGCCGGAGCCAACGGACCUGCCCUCACCCUGCCGUGUCCCCAGCCCGAGCAACCAGCUCCUCCUCAGCGCCCCCCAGGGCCAAGAGGGUCCCCGGGACAAAGCCAAGAAGCACCGUUCUCGUAGCUUCCUUAAGCACCUCGAUUCUCUGAGGCGGAAGGAAAAGGGUGGCGGUCGGCAAGCGGAGCCCGCGCGUGGCCCAGCCACCUUAGAGAAGGCCACCAAAGCCUCCUCUUUCUGCAGUCGCCGUGGCUUCCUCUCAGCUGGAUUCUACAGGGCCAAGAACAGGGCAGCCACCUCAGCCGGUGAUUGCGGCACUGCGACUCAGAGGGCCUGGGAGGCCUGGCCUGUGGCCAUGUUUCGGCAUCCGCAGCGGGCGCACCGGGGGGACUGCCUUGUGCACGUGCCCGGGGACCACAAGCCAGGCACAUUCCCUCGCUCCCUGUCCAUCGAGAGCCUGCUUCCUGAGGACGGACAGCGCCUGGCCGAUUGGCAGCCAGGUAGGCCCCGGGGCUAUGAAGGGCGCCGGGGUUCCUGCGGCUCCACGGGCAGCCAUGCCAGCAUCUAUGACAACAUGCCCGAGCUGUACCCAGCGGAGCCACUACUGGCCAGGGCUGCAGCCGAAGAGGACGAGGGCGGGGGCAGCUACACCCACCUGGACGAUAUCCUCCAGCACGUGUGGGGGCUGCAGCAACGGGUAGAGCUCUGGUCCCGGGCCGUCUACCCGGACCUGCGGACUGGAGAUAAGGACGAGGAAGAAGAGGAGGAAGAAGAGGAGGAGGAGGUCACUUCAGCAGCAGAGAUGGCCACAGUUGAGGUCGAGGGGCAGGCUGAGGCUCUGGCCCAGAUGGAGGCCCCGGCCCGCAGAGGGUCCUCGGCCCCGGGCCAGGCUGAUGUUCCGCCAGUGGUCCCAGCUCAGGUUCAGGGUCGGGUGCAGGCCGAGCCCCUGGCACGGGCACAGGCCGAGGCCGAGGCUCAGGCCCCGGGUCCAGCCCAGCAUAAUGGGCAGGAGGCAAAUUCAGGUGGGGAGCCCACCUCUGCCCCCAGCCUGACGGUGGAAGAUAGGCACUCCGUUGCUGACACCGUGGCCUCCUCCGGCGAACUGGACAGUAGUGGAAAGUCGCUGAACGAGCCCGAGGCCGCAGGCUCGCCGGCUGGACCUCAGGCAUUAGCACCGCGGGAACGACGAGAUUCAGGCGUUGGCGCCUCACUUACCAGACCCUGCAGGAAGCUCCGUUGGCACAGCUUCCAGAACUCCCACCGGCCCAGCCUGAACUCAGAGUCCCUGGAGAUCAAUCGGCAGUUUGCCGGCCAGAUCCACCUCCUGCACAAGGGCUCGCUGCUGCGGCUCACCGCCUUCAUGGAGAAGUACACUGUGCCGCACAAGCCGGGAUGGGUCUGGACCCUGGCAGGGUCAGCCCCAGAAGGUGGGUGCAGGCGGGAGGAAGCCAGAAGCCAGCAGUGGUCAGUGCCCAAGUUCAUGAAAAGGCAUAAGACCCCGGACUACCGGGGCCAGCACGUGUUCGGGGUGCCCCCCCUCAUCCACGUGCAGCGCACCGGCCAGCCACUGCCACAGAGCAUUCAGCAAGCCAUGCGCUACCUGCGCAGCCAGUGCCUGGACCAGGUGGGCAUCUUCCGCAAGUCGGGGGUGAAGUCCAGGAUCCAGAACCUGCGCCAAAUGAAUGAGACCUCACCAGACAAUGUUUGCUACGACGGCCAAUCGGCCUACGAUGUGGCCGACUUGCUGAAGCAGUAUUUCCGGGACCUACCAGAGCCUAUCUUCACCAGCAAGCUCACCACCACUUUUCUGCAGAUCUACCAGCUCCUCCCCAAGGAUCAGUGGUUGGCUGCAGCGCAGGCCGCCACCUUGCUGCUCCCCGACGAGAACCGCGAGGUCCUACAGACCCUGCUCUAUUUCCUAAGUGACAUCGCCUCUGCUGAAGAAAACCAGAUGACAGCCGGCAACCUAGCAGUGUGCCUGGCGCCUUCCAUCUUCCAUCUCAACGUCUCCAAGAAGGAUAGCCCCUCACCCAGGAUCAGGAGCAAACGCAGCCUGGCUGGCCGGCCGGGCCCUAGGGACCUGAGUGAGAACAUGGCUGCCACCCAGGGCCUAUCGCACAUGAUCAGUGACUGCAAGAAACUUUUCCAAGUCCCCCAGGACAUGGUGCUGCAACUAUGUGGCUCCUACAGUGCGGCUGAGCUCUGCCCUCCCGGCCCGGGCCUGGCUGAGCUGCGGGAGGCCCAAGCUGCCGGCAGGAGCCUGAGCCUCUACAUGGAGGAGAGCGUCCAGGAGCUGCUCCGUGAUGCUGCCGAGCGCUUCAAGGGCUGGAUGAGUAUGCCAGGGCCCCAGCACACGGAGCUGGCUUGCAGGAAGGUGGAGAAGCAGACAUCCAGAAAGGAGAGAGGACAGGGAACACAGGGACGGCCUGUCCGGAUCUGGCUAGGGUUAGCAGAGGACCCCUGCAGCCUUCCCUUGUCAGGGGCUGAAGCUCCAGACGGGCACCCCCUGCGUGUGUGGAAGGCGUCCACUGAGGUGGCGGCCCCUCCAGCCGUGGUGCUACACCGUGUUCUGCGGGAGAGGGCCCUCUGGGACGAGGACCUGCUGCGGGCCCAGGUGUUGGAAGCCCUGAUGCCGGGCGUGGAGCUGUACCACUAUGUCACCGACAGCAUGGCGCCCCAUCCCUGCCGCGACUUUGUGGUGCUCCGGAUGUGGCGCUCCGACCUGCCCCGCGGCGGCUGUCUGCUAGUCUCCCAGUCCCUGGAUCCGGAGCAGCCCGUGCCAGAGUCAGGGGUGCGGGCCAUGAUGCUCACUUCCCAGUACCUCAUGGAGCCUUGCGGCCUGGGCCGCUCCCGGCUCACUCACAUCUGCCGCGCUGAUCUCAGGGGCCGUUCUCCUGACUGGUACAACAAAGUCUUUGGGCACCUGUGUGCCAUGGAGGUGGCAAAGAUCCGGGACUCCUUCCCCACCCUGCAGGCAGCUGGCCCCGAGACAAAGUUGUGAGCCUCAGCUCGGCGCCAGGGUGGCACCACCCAGGCCCCUCCGCACCAAGGAAGUAAGGGGGUAAGGAAAGGAGAGCAGCCCCCACGUGUUGCUUCCAGGGGCAGAGCCAGGCCCUUGCCGAUCCAGCAGCCUGCUGUCCCCUUGUCUUCCUGAAGCUCCUCCACACAUACAGGGGAGGAGGAGAGAAUUUCAGUGUCCCAUCUCUACUCCACCUGUACCCACCAGCCUGUGUUCUGUCCUCCCAAGAGAGAGGAGUCAUUUUCAGGAGCAGAAGACUGCUGCAGCCCUCCAGGCCCACCGAGGCACCAUCAGUCUGAAGCCUUGCCAGCACUCCCCACCUGCAGGGGGAAGGAGGUAGAGAGCAGUGUGUGCAUCCAGCUCUCUGCCACUCCGAGAGGCCAAGCCGUCCUUUUUGGUGCUCGGGUCCCUUUGAGGUUGGCAGGAGGCUCUGGUCCUGCCUUGGGGCCUAAUAUUGGUCCUGAACUAGCUCUGCCAGAGAAAGCGAACUAAAGAGGAUGAGCACAGGGCAGCCCCAACCACACCAUGAGCUGUUUUAUUGGUGUAAAUGCGAUGCUGAUUCACCUGAGGCUGAUUUAAAGAGUGCGCACUACCAGCGGGCAACAGGACAGUUUGGGGCAGCCUGGGAGAUGGUAGUGGAGCGGGGAGGGGGCUUCCUUUCUCAGGUCUCAGGAGACCAGUGAAUCAGUCUCCCUGGCUCGGGCCGCCUACUUUAUCUGCCACUCCCUGGUGUUCUGUGCGGCCCUUGGUCACACACUCUUACGUCUGGAGAGCAAACGGGCUCACUCCCACUGCACAGGCCAAGCAAAAGCAGAUGGUAGUGAAUAGACACAUAUCUGUGUCUGCGUCCCUUCUCCUGCUCUUCCUGCCUAUGGUACCAGGCUGACAUAAGAGCCCCGUCAUCAAGCAGAGACCUGGCCCCUGCUUCCGGCAGCUGGCCAGCCAGAUGGAAGGGCCGAGUGUCACUUCAGCCAGCUGGGGCUUGAUCCAAACCUGAUCCGUCCCACCCAGCAGCUAUCUUGACUUAUGUGGAAUUCCAAAUGACGUUCAGAUGCCAACUGGUGCUUUAUUUUUCUUUCAGCUCAAUAAACUGGAGUGGGAUGGGUCCCAGCCAAUGUUGUAAUUUUUAAGCCUAUUUUAUUUGUACCUAUAAAUACUGUACAGUCAGAAUAUAUAUAUGUAUUUGUAUAUAUAUAUAGAUACAUAUAUAUGCACAUCUAUAUACACACACGUAUUCUAUUGUGAGUAUAUUAUAAUCUGUGGGUGCGAGCAGGGGUCUGGAAAGCCCAAGGGAGCAGGGAUGAGGGAGGUGGAAGGCAGGAACCAUGUGACCCCUCGGGAGAACAAUAAAGCAUUACUAGA